GCUCCCUCCACGAACCGCCUACGGCUCCUCUGCUCGUCCCGACGAGUGACGACCGCCACCACCACCACCUCACCCAGCAGCACAUUCCUCACCCGCAGCUACGCCACGACCGAGCCGUCCUCCGCCACCGACAGCAGCAGCAGCAGCAGCACCACUACCACGACGACCCCACGCCGGCGCACCACCUUCACCGACCGCCUGAACUCGGGCCCCUCCUUCUCCGACUUUGUCUCCGGCGACGCCGCCGCCGACACCAUCGCCGACCCGAAUGAAGCGUACGCAUUGAAGACCGCCCUCGUUGGCCCCGCGGGCCGCAAGAAGGAAAUGACGCGGCUGCCGUCGUGGCUGAAGACACCGAUCCCGGACUCGAAGAACUAUCAGCGGCUGAAGAAGGAUCUGCGGGGGUUGAACCUGCACACGGUGUGCGAGGAGGCGCGGUGCCCGAACAUCUCGGACUGCUGGGGGGGCGGCGACAAAGCGGCGGCGACGGCGACGAUCAUGCUGAUGGGCGAUACGUGUACGCGGGGGUGCCGGUUCUGCAGCGUCAAGACGCUGCGGCGGCCGCCGCCGCUGGACCCGCACGAGCCCGAGAACACGGCCGAGGCGAUCAGCCGCUGGGGGCUCGGGUACGUGGUGCUCACGAGCGUCGACCGCGACGACCUGGCCGACGGCGGCGCCCGCCACUUCGCCGAGACCGUCAUCAAGAUCAAGGCCAAGGCCCCCAGUAUUCUGGUCGAGUGUCUGACCGGCGACUACAUGGGUGAUCUGGAGAUGGUCAAGCUGGUCGCCCGCUCGGGGCUGGAUGUCUACGCCCACAACGUCGAGACCGUCGAGGCGCUCACCCCCUUCGUCCGCGACCGCCGCGCCACCUUCCAGCAGAGUCUGCGCGUCCUGGACGCCGCCAAGCAGGCCCGCCCCGAUCUCAUCACCAAGACCUCGUUGAUGCUCGGGUUCGGGGAGACGGACGAGCAGAUCGCCGAUGCCCUGCGGCAGCUGCGCGGGGUGAAUGUGGAUGUCGUCACGUUUGGCCAGUAUAUGCGCCCCACCAAGAGACAUAUGGCCGUCCAUGAGUAUGUCACGCCGGAUCGCUUUGAGAUGUGGCGCCAGAAGGCCCUGGAGAUGGGCUUCUUGUACUGUGCGUCCGGCCCGUUGGUCCGCAGCAGUUAUAAGGCCGGCGAGGCGUUCAUCGAGAAUGUCCUGAAGAAGAGGCGCGCCGGGGGUACGGUGGGCGCGGAGCCCGUCGAGAAGAAGGUCCCCGUUGACGAAAUCGCUCGGUAA